AUGACCUACACGUAUUAUUUGUGGUAUUGGUGGCGUGUAUUGCUACUGUUCAACACGGUCCUUACAACACUGGCUGACGUUUGCCUUUCACGACAUUUUCAUGAUGUUCGAGGCAAUGAAGUCGACGAUUAUAUCAUCUACGGGUUAACACAGGAUUGCCAGAUUUUCUUUAUUCGACCAUCACAAAUACCGUUAUUAUCAACGAUAAAUGUGAACGUUCACAAUUCAUACUGUUAUCCGAAUUUGGUGCAAUUGCACGUUAAGUCACACAACACGUUACUUUUGUUAACAAAACAAGCCGGUAAUCGGAUAUGUACAUUGGAACUGCAGAUUCCACCAACGGAGAUGUUGUUCGGAGAUCACUUGUUCAGCUACUCCUUGCUAUCUUCCUUACCAUAUGCGUCAUGCUCUCAUUCAUCUCCGAAAAUGUUCCGGCUCGAACCAGAUUUGUCUUUUCUCGAUACCGUAUUCAGUGAUGUGCUUUAUUUCAUUGAUGCGGAGUCAACUGGUGCGUUAUGGACAGUGCAUCAGUUCCAGAUCAAUUCCGAAGCUUUAGAAGUAUGGACUGGUCCAGAUUUGGCCAGCGAGUACGUGGUCACUUUGGAUAAUCAACGCAACUUUAUUUAUAUUCGUAACCGAUUUGAACGAAAUCUUCUAUACGAGUGCUCAUAUGAUCUUCUCUUCAGACCAAACACCUUGGUAACGCAUUAUGUGAACACGUCCUCUCAAGAAGAACGUCCAUGGCUGAAUAGUAUGGCUGCUGAUCAAAAUGUCCUUCUAUACACAGAAACCGAUAGGACGGUAAAACCCGCGGUGACACGAUUGUUUGGACUGAAUAUCGACAAGCCGUCCUUAGGUAGAUGUCUCGUCUACACAGACUAUGCCUUCGAUGUUGGCGUAAUGCGCACAUCCACCUUGAAAUUCAUGGAACAAAAUCCGUUGCCGACACGUCUGAACUCCACCCUUGCCACUGACACUUCAUCAGCAAAGAAUCGGGUCACCACACCUUCUUAUUUGCCACGACCGUCUACAUACCGUACCAAGAGCCCUACCACGUCGAAAAAGUCACCCAAACUAACAACUAUCUAUAUGACUUCAACAGAAAAGGUUGUCACGUCAGCAGAGUUUCGUCUCGCGGAGGAACUUGUGGAAUGGUCAACUGAGUUACCAAAAAGUGCCAUGACAUCUAUAGAAAUGGAGAUGGCUAAUGCAGAAUGGUCGACGCAACUACCCAAAAGUGCGUCCACUUCUAUGGAAAUUGACCAAUCUACAUCACAUUCUAUAGAAAUGGAAAAAGCAAAGAUUCUGGAGCGAGAUAAUGACGGUAUCGGCCUGAUGACAACGACGACGAGCAAAUCAGAAGAGGAAGUGGAAUUGAUGAGAAUGGCACCGAAUAUGUCUAGUGUUGGUGAUUUACGAAAUCAAACCAGUGCUUCAGCAGUCAGCUUACACUGGAAAGUGUUACCUGCUCUUUAUUGUGUAUAUGUAUUUGUGUUAGAGUAA